AUGGAGUUCUCAAUCUCCAGCAGCAACUACUGUGACACAGAGGACUCAUUUUCUGAGGACAGUUUGAACACUCCCCUCUCUGAGGGCCAUGUUCCUCAUGAGGACACCGUUUCCUGUGAUGACACAACCUUUGAGGAAGAAAUAACUUUUAAUGUGGACUUUUCAGUCCAGUGGCUACUGACUCAUGAAUGCAGAGGAGGUGUGCAAAGUGAAAGCUCACCCAUAAGCAGAAGAGGUUCAAUUCAAGACAGCUGGGAGCCAGGUUUUAUGCAAAGCAGUGCCCUGUCCUGGGAUGAUCAUGGUGCUGUGUUGGCAGAGGAAGAUCGUGUAGUGCACAGUCUGUUGAAUAACCUUCACAACUAUCUACAAACUCUAAAUGAUGAAGGAAAUCAGGCAGAUGAUAAUGAGAAUCAAGCAGAUGGGAAUGAAGAGAAGAAAGAUGACAAGGAAAAUGAACAAAUACCUGGAAAUGACAAAGCUGAUGGCUCUGUGUUCCCAGGACUAUCAGUUGAACAUGAUUUCCAGCUGGGUGGCAGCUGCUCUCUGCACAUGGCUCAGGUUAGGCAUAGAGAACAUGACACCUAUCAAGACUUGCCUGAGUGCAAAGCGUUAAAGAAUAAAGACAUCCAGUUCCCAGAGAUGACUCCAAUGCUCAAGAGACAGAAUCUUAAGAAGGUGGUGAAUCAGAUGGUGGGCCACAGAAUGGUAAGCUCUCCAGAGACUGGCUGGACAUCAGCAGUGCAGCCAGACAAGGACACUUCCUCCAGCACACGAACCACACGCUGUGUGAGCUUUAGGCGCCCGUUCCGCUGGAUGAGGAAGCAACUUACAGUCCCACCACUUGAUCAGUUAAAAGAUGAACGUGAGAAUGUGAAAAUUGAUUCGCAUUUCCUCCGUGUCUUCAUUUGCAGUCAUAUGUGUCCUUCAAGGUAA